AUGAUCGUCUGCGUCGCCGUCGUCGGCCACCAGAACAACCCGCUGUACCUGCAGAGCUUCACGGAGGCGGACGACGCCCUCAAGCUCCACCACGUCGUCCACUGCUCCCUCGACGUCAUCGACGAGCGAGUGAACAAUCCUAAAAAGAGUGCACCUACACUGAACGAAACAUUUUUGGGUCUUCUAUAUCCGACUGAGAACUACAAAGUGUAUGGCUAUUUGACAAACACAAAGGUCAAAUUUUUAAUGGUUACUACUGAUCUUGAUGUGAAAGAUGCAGAUGCCCGAAAUUUUUUCAGGAAGUUCCAUGCUGCAUACGUGGACGCCGUCUCGAACCCCUUCCACGUCCCAGGGAAGAAGAUCGCCUCGAGAAGCUUCGGUGCGAGAGUGAGCACCAUAGUGAAAUCCUUUGGCUCAGGGACUGUCGGUUAA